UCGCAAUCUUGCAUGACUUCUGUCAAAGCAACUCGCUCGGCUGCUGUGUUGCCGCAUUUUCGCUGUUUUGUGUUUCUUUUGGCCACUGACUGCUGUUUGUGUUUUGCGAUCGCAUCAUCCCACACCACCGGAUAUGAAGCUGUUUGUUCUUGCUGUCCUUGCGGCCUGCGUUGCCGCCAGCGCUGCGCUGACCAUCCCUGCUCGCUGCCAGAGCCCCAAGCAGUUCUACGGCCAGGUCUUUGCCUUUGAGCAGCACCGCUCUGAGCGUGGUGAGGUCCAGGGUGACUACUUCUACGAUGAGACCAACAUGCGCAAGGCCCGUUACGAGCGCGCCCACGUGAACGGCAGCAACUACCGCCUGCACAUCAUCGAGCUCUUCAACGAGAAGAAGUACUACGAGAUCAACCUGGACACCGACGAGUGCCGCUCCGGCGACCUGACCGCUCCCUUCAUCCCCCACGGUGUUGUCCGCAACGCCACCUUCCGCGGCGACUUCAUUGUUGGCACCUCCGCCAUUGAGGGCGCCGGCGUCGAGAUUGAGCUCUGGACCCACGAGUUCCAGCAUGAGGGCCACCGCUUCUACUGGACUGGCGAGUUCACCCGCGUUGCCUGCGUGCCCGUCCGCACCACCGUCCAGGGCGAGCAGGGCGAGUUCUUCACGGAGUCCUUUGUCGACGUCGUUGGCGGCAUCCCAGACCCCAACGCCUUUGUUGUGCCUUCCAGCUGCAACUAAGCGUGCGCGAAGCCGGGCGUGAACAGGGGCGCUGGCCGACAUUCGGCGCUUGGAAGCCGUACUCAACUCAGUUCACGUGCUCCUGGUCACAUGCAUCCUCUUCCCAAUACCCCAUACCUUUACAACACUCCCUACUCUGAUCGCCUGAUGCGCUUUGUUCGUGUUAUCGCUUUCUCCCUCCUCUUCUGUUCAGAAGCAACAGCAGCAAGCCCUUCAUGUCACAGUGGAACGUGCAUGUCUGUGUUCUCCUCUGUUCCUUGCUCCAACCAACCAACAGUGAACUGACCACAAACCAACCGCAUGUACUGAUGAUGAUGAUGAUGAUCACGACAAUAGCAAGAAAAUGGCGAUGACGA